CACAGGUGCGCGCCGGGGGCCGCAGGGCCAGUGCGCGUGCGCACAGGUGCUCGCCGGCCGCCCCGCCCGCCCCGGACUUGGCCGCGCGCCCGGGUUAUAGCGAACCCACUUCUGGGAGAUAUGUGCCCUCACACCCCAGGCCUGGACAAGAGGAGGUGGAAUAUUACCAGUCCGAGGCUGAAGGACUUCUGGAAUGCCACAAAUGCAGAUUCUUGUGCACUGGGAGAGCCUGCUGCCAGAUGCUGAAGGUUCUGCUGAACUUGCUGAUCCUGGCCUGCAACUCUGUGUCUUACAGUUCCACAGGGGGCUACACGGGCAUCACCAGCCUGGGGGGCAUUUACUACUACCAGUAUGGCGGGGCAUACAGUGGCUUCGAUGGAGCUGAUGGGGAGAAAGCCAAGCAGCUGGAUGUCCAGUUCUACCAGCUGAAGCUGCCCAUAGUCACUGCGGCGAUGGCCUACAGCGGAGCCCUCAUGGCCUUCUCCUGCCUCCUUAUUGUCAUGGGCGUCCUGCGGGUCCCUUGGCACUGUCCGCCGUGGCUGCUGACCGAGGGUUUGUUGGAUGUGGUCAUCGCUGGAGCCUACAUCCCAGCCAUGUACUUCUUCUUCCACCACCUCUCCACUGCCUACGCCUCCCCUGUGUGUCGAGAGAGGGAGGCGCUGUACCAGAGCAAAGGGUACCGUGGCUUCAGCUGUGGCUUCCACGGGGGUGAUAUAGCAGCGGGGAUCUUUGCAUCCCUGGGCGUUGGGGUCUUUGCUCUGGGGGCCGUCUUGGCCGUCAGGGCUUACCGAAAAGUGAGGAAGCUAAAAGAGAAGCCUGCAGAAAUGCUGGCAUUUUAGGCUUUUAAAAAUGGUGUGCCCAACAUAAGUGCUGAAAGUUACACUUCAGCAAGAGCCCUUUGUUGCACGACUUGCCAACGCUUCAGAAGGAGCAACCAGCUUCAGUAUGGAGGGCUUAGCUUCCCGUUUCAUGGGGCCCUGUUCUCUGAUGUAACCAGCUUUGAUUCCUGUUAGUGAGGGGUGAACCAAAAGCCUAUCAAAACACAAAAACCUGGAGGCCGGGACCCACGGGAAAAGGCACGCGGUGCAGCCAAGUGCACCUCUGGAGUGAACAGAGGGAGGCGGGCACCGGGAUUGGGAGAAGCUGAUCUUCAGAGUCCAUGGAAAGCCACACAGACAUGAGAUCACUUUUGAUCCCAAACUGUUCUAAACGCAGCUGUCUUCAGCAGAUCCGCCCAGGAAUCCUUCCACACUGGGCUCUGCAGUCUUACUUCUUACAUCUAUCAAAGAAAGGGGUAGGCAUUCUGGGGAGAGCUACCCCUGGAACAUCUAAACUGGAGGCAGGCGUGGGCAGAGGAGGGAGGAAUGAGAUUAACUCACUGGGCUGUAAAGAAGCCAUUCUGCAAGCCCCUCACAACAGCCCUGGCAGCUCAGUAAGCGUUUUGUACCUCUCGUCAAUGUCCCAUUGUAUGAGGAAGGAAACCUCUCUUCUGGAAUUCAGGAUCCACCCAGGAGAAAAGAAUGUAAGAAUCCUUCCAACAGAAGAAUCUCACUUCGGCCAGACAACUUCACAGGUUCUUACUACCCACUGAAUUAUGACCUACGCAGUGUUACAAUAUGUUCUUGAUAUGAGUAUGUUCUUUGUUUUAUGUAAAUCCAAAAAAAAAAAACUAAAGAAAAGUUUUAAUUUGGAGGUAGGUGUUCUCUUUAUAGUACUUUUAUAAUAUAUAAUUCCCUUAAGACAACUUAGUUCAUUUGGAAGAGAAGUUUAGAUUUAGAAAAGGAUAUAUAUACUUGUAUGUGAUUGGAAAAGUUAUUGAAUAAUAUAUAACAAAGUACUGACAGUUUUGCUCCUGGAGAGAAGGGAAUUUUUUUUCAUUUUAUAUAUGGCUUGACCUCACACGUAUUUUUAUUUAGAAAAAUAACAAUUUGGUGUACUCUCCUCAGUUUUUCUCAGGCCCACAGUUAAAGGACAGAGGCAGGUGCAGAUGUGUAAUUAAGCAGAGUGUUUAAGUGGUCGGCCACAGAAAACAGCCUUACCCAGAAAGAUGUUGUUUACAGCAAAGAUCUCAUGGGUGUUUCUGAGCCUCUUCCAGGGAGCCCUCUGUUGUCUUGCCAGAGAAUUUUCCCAUCCCAACUUGGAGAUGAACUGCAGCUCGCUCCGGCAGUCCCCUCUUGAGUGCUAGGGAGUGCUUGUGCCCGUCUGACGUUGGUAGCUCAGCCAGUCCGGCCUGGCCAGUACCAGGGUCACAUUCCUUCAACAGACCCAUGGACCUGGCAGAAGAUUGUUAUCUCCCUCCGUUGCUGCAGUCAGUGGGGUGAUUGACAAGAUCUCAGUGUAUUCCAUCAGCCCAGCAGAUGUCUGGUGCAUGGAUCAUGACUCCACUGUUUUGGCAAGUACACCACAGAAGGAAAAGGGUCAGGUUUCCUGUAUCUUGUAGGAGUGAGACAGUCAGGGACGCCAUGGGGACAAAGGGCAGGAACACUCCCCGGCCUUAACUUGGGACCUGCUACCCAUUUAAAGUAUAGCAUAUAUUCUUGCCUUUACGCCCCACCCCAGUUCUCUCAAACAGUCUUAUCAACAUCAAAAAGCAGGUACGUCGUUAAGGCCAGGAUGCCCUUGUCCAAGAAGAAACUGGAUGAGAAAACAAAACUGUUAGGGAUUAUCACAGAGGGACAGAGGGCAAACAACCUGUCAGGCCUUAACCUGUUACUCAUUAAAAGCUUGAUUUGUAUUUUCUUGUGAAGUAGUCAGGGACUUAAAAGCUGCUUUUGCCAAAAUCUGACUCUUCACUUAGGCUUACUGAUGCCCAGUGGGUAGCUGAAUGCAGGACAAAGCUUGGUAUCGUUGCUUUCACUUUGUAUCUGUCUUGUACGCUUUGGGUCAGAUCCCUGCUCAGCUCUGCAUAAGGCAUAUCAAAUCAUUUAGGGAGCAAGUCUGUCGAAGACUGGUAAUACAAGGCUGGUUAGCCCUACAUUUACAUAACCUGUCCCAUCACCUUCCAAGACUGAGAGCAUCGAGAUAAGAGAUUUACAGGACAUUCAACUGCCAGUGGGCGCCAGGAAGUCUCUGGUCAUUGCCCGAAACCUGCGGGUACCUUGGACUCCAGCAGAGGCCCUGAAAAACUGAGACUUCUCCAAGCAGAAACAGUCAUCUCACACAGACCAGGUUGCCUCCUCAGGCGAGAAAGGCUUCUUCAGUACCGCACUGCAAAACCAGAACUGAGAUAAUGAUCAACCCAACCCUUAGCCGACUCAGCAAUGGCUUAAACACUGGCCUCCUGCUUUGUUAAUGCACCCACCUGAUCUUCAAAGCUGUGCUCCCUUCAGCUCCUCAGGCUGAAGUUACUCCCCUAUUUUUUCUUGCUCUGUAACUCUGCCUAAUAAACUAGUCUACACCUCUCCCUGA